GGGCUCCGGGGAUGCUGAGCAAGGCCGCGCUGCGCCUCGUGUCUGCCGUAAGCCCCAGGAGGAUGAAGCUGCUGCUGGGCCUCGCGCUUCUCGCCUACGCCGCCUCUGUCUGGGGAAACUUCGUGAGCAUGAGCAAAAAAGCCUUUCCAGAUAAAAGGGGGAAAGACACUGAAGCACUGAAGUAUCGCGUGUCGAUCCCCCACUCCCCUCCAAGUCAUGUGGAAGCCAGACUCAAAUUGGAGUCACUCACAAGGCAAAGGACACAUUCUGCUCUGGUCCAUCCAGGAAAAUGGUGAACUCAAAUUUGAAAGCAAGAUUGAAGAGAUUAUUGAACCCCUAAGAGAGAAAAUCCGAGAUUUGGAAAAAAGUUUCACCCAGAAGUAUCCACCAGUCAAAUUUUUAUCAGAAAAGGAUCGUAAGAGAAUUUUGAUAACUGGAGGGGCGGGCUUCGUGGGCUCCCAUCUCACUGACAAGCUCAUGAUGGACGGCCACGAGGUGACCGUGGUGGACAACUUCUUCACGGGCAGAAAGCGCAACGUGGAACACUGGAUCGGCCACGAGAACUUUGAGCUGAUCAACCACGAUGUGGUAGAACCCCUGUACAUUGAAGUUGACCAGAUAUACCAUCUGGCCUCCCCGGCCUCGCCUCCCAACUACAUGUACAACCCUAUCAAGACUCUGAAGACCAACACCAUCGGGACACUGAACAUGCUGGGACUGGCUAAGCGAGUUGGAGCCCGCUUGCUCCUGGCCUCUACAUCAGAGGUGUAUGGAGAUCCUGAAGUACACCCCCAGACUGAGGAUUACUGGGGCCACGUGAAUCCCAUCGGCCCCCGAGCCUGCUAUGAUGAAGGCAAGCGUGUUGCGGAGACAAUGUGCUAUGCCUACAUGAAGCAGGAAGGUGUGGAGGUCCGGGUGGCACGCAUCUUUAACACCUUCGGGCCUCGCAUGCACAUGAACGACGGCCGAGUGGUCAGCAACUUCAUCCUGCAGGCGCUGCAGGGGGAGCCACUCACGGUGUAUGGAUCCGGGACUCAGACGAGGGCCUUCCAGUAUGUCAGUGACCUCGUGAAUGGCCUGGUGGCACUCAUGAACAGCAACGUCAGCAGCCCUGUCAAUCUGGGGAACCCAGAAGAACACACUAUCCUCGAAUUUGCUCAGUUGAUUAAAAGUCUUGUGGGUAGUGGAAGUGAAAUUCAGUAUCUCUCAGAAGCCCAGGAUGACCCACAAAAAAGAAAACCAGACAUCAAAAAAGCGAAGCUGAUGUUGGGGUGGGAGCCUGUGGUCCCACUGGAAGAAGGUUUGAACAAAGCCAUCCACUACUUCCGCAAAGAACUUGAAUACCAGGCAAAUAACCAAUACAUCCCCAAACCCAAGCCUGCACGAAUAAAAAAAGGCCGGACACGCCAUAACUGACAACCUCACUUCCGGGACGGGAGACUCCUGUUGCACACUUGAUAGGAUGUAUUUUUUUUUCCUUUAAAAAAAAUUUUUUUUUUAAAGACUUUCAAAAAGGUGUUAUGAAGAACCAACUGGAAUCUCAUUCUGAAGCUUGCUUUAAAGAAAUGGAUGUGCCUAAAAACUUCCCUCAGAAAAGAAAAAAAAAAACUGCAGAAUUUUUGCCUUGCACUUUUUAAACCUGUCUUUUUACGUAAAAGUGGUGUCGCCGCAGCUCUGCGUACUUCCACGUUUUUUACCUUUGCUGUGAGAGCUUAUCGUGACUGUCGCUGACAGUUUUAUUUACUGGUUUCUUUGUGAAGCUGAAAAAAAAAAGGAACAUUAAACAAGGCGGAAAAAGGCCGGUUUUAUUUAUAAAAAAUGGGUACUUAUAAAGGAGACAUUAGACUAUGCAUAAAGGAGACUAAACCCACGCCCAGCAGUGUUGUCAGGCAGGUGGAUGAAAACAUUCUGCGUGAGAGAGCUUUAUGUUUCUUUUAACAUGGGUUUUUCUCAAGGUUUAGUCUGAGCUGCAAACUCGACUUUGAAUGAUUUCCGCUGAUCAUCAUGAUGGAGGCGAUUUGAAAUCACUACUGUGUUUUGCUGCAUUUUGGGGGGGGCGGCGGGGAGUAUAGAGGGAGGACAGCAGAGUUAACAGAUUCCUGGUUAACAGUGGUGAGUCACUCUAUUUUGAUCAAAUAUGGAAACUCACUGUCACUUCCAAAGGCUGACCUGAUCAGUGCACUGUUGGAUUGGAUUGGUAAGAAAAAUGUCAGAGAAUUUUAAUAUAAAAGGAAAUCCUGAAAAAAAAAUCUGUUGGUAUCAUGU